AUGACCAACGUACCCCUCCUCAAACACUCCGCGGCCUCACUGCAAGCCCUCUGUGCGUCCUGCGGCCUCAAGAAAUCCGGCACCAAAGCCGCGCUGGUCCUACGCCUCUCCCUCGCGGCCAAACACUUCCAGCCAUUGCCCCCAAAUACCCGCGUGCUCAGCAUCGACCUCGGCCUCAAGAACUUCGCCUUCAGCCUCCUCAGCCCGGCACCAGCAUCAACACCAGCACCAGCACCAGCACCACCCCGAGCCCCAACCCCAUCCUCACCCCUCCUGAACAUCUCCCCAGUGCACCUGCACGCCUGGCACCGCCUGGACCUGACCCUUCCGCCCUCAAGCACGCCCGAUGAACAAGGAGGAGAAGCCGCCGAGAAGGACAACGAAAAAGAAGAAGAAGGAGGAGGAGAUGGCUUCUCCCCGGCCACGCUCUCCGCCGUGACUGUCGACCUGGUCAAGUCGCACCUCCUCCCGCUGCAGCCGACCCACGUGCUCAUCGAGCGGCAGCGCUUCCGCACGGGCGGCGCCGCGGCCAUCUUUGAGUGGACGCUGCGGGUGAACACGCUCGAGGCGAUGCUGCAUGCCGUCUUUGCCGCGCUGCGAGGGGCGGCCCCGGCCGGGGAUGGGUUGCCGAAUGGGAUGCCGUUGGUGGUGGAUUCGGUGCUGCCCAGACGGGUGGCCGGGUUUUUGUUCCCUGAUGGACUGCUGCCGGUGCCGGUGCCGGAGCCGGAGGUGGCCGGUGUCGGUUCGCUGACAGGAGCAGGUGAGGGGAAGCGAAAGGGGAAAGGGAAGGGGAGGGGGGGUAAUGGGGCGUAUCAGCUGCUGAAGAAGGGCAAGGUCGAUGUGCUGGGGGCGGGGUUGAAGGAGGGCCAGUUGGUUGUGCCCCAGACGGAACAGGCGAGGGAGAUGGUGGGGUUGUUCCUGGAGGGGUUGGCGGCAAGGGGGCAGAGGAAGCGUGGGAGGAAGUCGAAGGAGGAGAAGGACGCGGUGGAUGAGAUCCUUACCAAGAUGGAUGACUUGUCAGAUGCUGUGCUGCAGGGUGCGGUUUGGCUCCAGUGGCAGAGGAACUUGGAGAGGCUGGUGAAGGAGCGGCCGGAACUGCUUGAAACGACCGAGAUGUAAGAGUUUGGGUAGGGUACAGUACAGGGGGCCAGUGAUCCGAAAGAUAGAUAGUGAAUCGGAGAUGGUGCUGCAUAUCCAAG